UCAAGUCCCCUGUGUCCUUCUUUCACUCUCAGCCAACCAAAUGCUGUGUGUCCUUCACUUGGAGUGAUUCCUCACUUCCAACUCUCUCUCUCUCUUAUAAUUUGUGGUUAAUCUUUAAAUAAAUGGGUAGUUUUCAUUUGCUACCGUUUGAAUGAUUGCUAAAGAGAUGAUUAUAGAACAGGGAUUGCAACUCGCCAGAAGGUUACUACUUAUCUUUUGCUUAUUGAGACUUUGAUUACGAGGAAAAAGGAGACAAUGCAUCAUCUACCAGUCAAAAGUAACCUCCUUGAUUCAGGAUCAAACCCAACCAAACUUGGGUUUGGAGGCAAUAACCAACCCCUUUGCCCUAAACCUCGCCGCCUCGGACCUGCCAUACCUGAAUUUCUCAGACCCCUCAGAUGUAGCAAGCACAGCCAACCUAUUUCUGAUGGAAGGAGUGGAAUUUUGAACUUGAUUACUGAUAAGGGAAAUGAAGGUAGAGAAUCAAUAUGCGGUGGGUGCUCUCCAUCUUGUUAUUCAGGAUCUCCUCCAGGAAGAACAGAUAAUCCAUUGGUUCAUGAUGCGCAUUUUAUCCAUCAGAUGGAGCUUCUUUCACCAUUUACACGAACCAAGCUUUCUGAUAAGUUUGGCUUCACCUCUGCAGCUUCUCCAAUUUGAGAAUCAUCAAGCAGUCAACAAUGGCUGUUGAAAGAAUUGAGGAAUAUCAUCCGUGAAAUGGGAUUUCCUUCACCACGAGUACCAUCUUUUUGUAGCGUUGAUUAAUUAGUAUGAGCCUUUUUUUGUCAUAAUCUAAUCAUGGAUUUUGUGUCUCCUUUUGUAAGUACCAUAUGAGAUGGGCACAUUCAUUUGUUUCUUUUUGUACAUAUUAUUAUUAAAACAUAAAAAUUUUUUGACA